AUGCAGUCAAGAAAACCACUGGUCGCGCCGUUGACUGUCGACACCAAAGUCCGAUUAAAGUCGAAAUAUGACAUGCCGAUUCUCGGAUUCGGUGUCUAUCAAACCCCCAUGGCUAUAGCAGAGCAGGUCACAGAUCACGCUAUCAAAUCCGGCUAUCGCCAUGUCGAUUCAGCUGUGGCCUACAAGAACGAGGAACCAACAGCCAAGGGGAUGCUGAAAAGUGGCAUUCCCCGAGAACAGCUCUUUUUCACAUCAAAGGUCGCCCCGGGACGAGGGUACGAUGACGCGAAGAAGGGCAUCGACGAGACUUUACGCAAGACCGGCCUAGAUUACAUCGAUCUCUAUCUCCUCCAUGCACCCUAUGGAGGCAGAGAAACGCGCAUCGGAGGCUGGAGAGCGCUGGUCGAGGCCGUGAACGAGGGCAAAGUGCGUAGUAUCGGCGUGAGUAAUUAUGGCGUUCAUCACCUCGAGGAACUCGAACGAUGGCAGAAGGAGCAGCCCGCCGACCAAGCUGGUAUCCUCAGCGUCAACCAGAUCGAACUCCACCCAUGGCUCGCUCGCCCGGACAUCGUCUCAUGGUGCCGACAACGCGACAUCGUCCUCGAGGCGUACUCGCCACUGAUCCGGGCGACGCGCAUGGAGGAGGAAGUGCUGAUCAAACUCGCGGGCAAGCACGGGAAGACGCCGGGACAGAUCCUGCUCCGAUGGGGCAUACAGCAGGGCUUUGUGAUUCUGCCGAAGAGCGUCACGUUGAGCCGCAUCGAGGAGAAUGCGGCGAUUUUCGAUUUCGAGCUCGACGAGCAGGAUUUGGAGGUGUUGGAGACGGGACAGUAUAAACCUUGUACUUGGGACCCAACGAUUGAGCCAUUGGAGGCGUGA